AUGAGCAUUGUGACAAUAGCCGGAAGCAUGAAGGGGGUAGAUGAUAUUUGUGAGUGGAGGAAUGCACCAAUUGAAUUAGAUGAACGGGUGAAAAGUUUGAAAGUAUCGGAUAUCGAAAUAUUCGAGCAUUUGAAGUUUAGUUAUGAUAGGUUGGGAGAUCUAAAUGUCCAAAAUUGUUUCUUGUAUUGCUCCUUGUAUCCUGAAGAUUUUGUGAUUGAAAGGGUUCAAUUGAUUGAAAAUUGGAUAGAUGAAGGACUCCUUGACAGAUUAGGGACUAGAGAAGCACUGCAUAACAGGGGCCAUAGCAUUUUAAAUAAGCUUGAAAAUAAUUUCUUGUUAGAGAGGGGUACAACUUAUGACUGGAAGAAAGGUGAUGUUUUGAGGGACAUGGCAUUGUAUAUUAAAGGUGAUCAAUUCAUGGUAAAAGCUGGUGUGCAAUUGGAGGAAUUGCCAAGCGAGCAGGAAUGGACAGAGAGUGUUGAGAAGGUUUCCUUCAUGCAAAAAUCGAUCCGAAAUCCAAGGCAAGAGUCAAUAUUAGGAAUUCCUCCUCACAUCUCCCCUAAAUGCCCUCAUUUGUCAACCUUGCUAUUGCAAAAUUGUGGCUUAAGAAGGAUUCCAGAAGUUUUCUUUAAGCACAUGUAUGGGCUAAAAGUUCUAAAUCUUUCCCGUAAUUAUGAGAUUGCCGAUCUACCCAAUUCCAUCUCUAACUUGAAAAGUCUCCAUGUAUUGAUACUUGCUCAUUGUAGGCUGUUAAAAUAUGUUCCUUCCUUAGCAGAGCUCAAAGCAUUGAGAAAGUUGGACAUUUCGCAUACAGUUAUUGAAGAGGUUCCUCAUGGUAUAGAAAUGUUAGAGAACCUCAGAUAUCUUGAUCUAAGGUCAGUGAAACUAAAUGAGCUACCAGUAGGAGUAUUACCAAUGAUGUCUCAAAUCCAAUGCUUAAUAGGAGAUUGGUACCAUCUAAGGGGAGAAGAAGUAGGCAAACUGAGGAAGCUUGAGUCCGUUUCAUGUACACUUUGUGACAUGCAAGACUUUAAGAAAUAUGGAAAGUCGGUACAAGGUAAAUGGCCUACAAAUUUCAUUUUCGAAGUUGGAUGGUUUAGACAGUUUCAUAAUGAAACAGAGGUUGUAAAUUUCACGGAAGUUAGAAAAGAGGUAAGGUUGGGGAAACGCAAGACCGAGAGGUUGGAUGAUAUAGUGCUCCCAAAUGACUUUCAUACUAUACGUAUUGAGGAUUUUAAUGAUUUGAAAUGUUUAGGCCAUAUUCCUUUGUUUCGUAAGGCAAUGGACUUGAAGUGUUGUUUUAUUAGGAAAUGUGAAGGGAUAGAAUGUGUGGUUGACUUGUCGUUAUCGUCUUGCGACGCACUCCACAACAUUGAGGUGUUAAAUCUUGAUGAAUUGCCAAACUUGCGUGAAGUUGUGAGAGUAGGAGGGAGUAGCAGUCAUGCUCCAACACCACCUGCCAUCUUCUCUUCUCUUAAACAAUUCCAUAUGCGUUUUUGUUCGAGGGUGAAGAAGUUGUUUCCAGUUGAGCUGUUGCAAGGCCUCCAAAACUUAGAGACAAUUACUGUUUACAUAUGUGAAGAAAUGGAGGAAAUAAUAAUAGCAUCAGAAGAAAAUCACAAAGGAGAAGGAACAACAUUUAUUCUUCCCAAAUUAAAAGAAUUGCAAUUGUAUUCCCUACCAAAAUUUAUUCUUCUCAUGAACUCACCUCUAAAAGUUCAUUGA